AUGGGCUCACAUAGUAAAAAGUCUACUGCGGAAAGGUUUAUAGAUCAGCUAAAUGUAGAAAAUGCUAAACUACUGGCGUUAGUUCUCGUUAUUGGAUUUAUAGGCUAUCAUGGAGUACUGCACUUAAGAUAUGGUUCAGACUCCUGUACAUGGUUAUUGUCUUCCGGAAGAUACAAAGGUGACCAUGAAUGGCAGCCUUAUGGCUGUAUGCUGCACAGAUACUCAAAAACAGACGCACGCCGAUGUCUUCGGUACUUAGCAUUCUGGGGUAAAUACAACAGCUUCGCCUUCAUAGGUGAUUCAAGACUUGAACAGCUCUAUGGAUAUUUUAUUGGUGUUUUAAAGACGAGGUUAGACUUAGACACGUCGUACUCCACGGUGGACCACAAGAUGCCUAACUACACAUAUGUAGAUAAUAAACUGCGUCUCUCUGUCACCUUUAUAUACAGUGAUGACGUGUCCAAGAAUAUGGUUGAGCAGUUCAGGACCUGGCAGCGUUCAGACCAGCCUCCGUCAGUUAUAGUGGCAUCCACAGGACUGCAGCUACUCAAAACUCGCAACACAACCGACUUAGUACUAGAAGAAUACAAAAGAAACCUUACACAACUAGUACAAGCUAUAGAUUCGCUUGCAGCGAGGAAAACUCAGGUGUUGUGGAAGCUCAUCGAGUCUGUGGACAUGUCAAAGUUAAAAGACGAGAAUAAGAAGAUCAAUAAUUAUGAUAUUGACUCUUAUAACAGAGCUGCUAUUGAGAUAUUAACUCACAGUGCAGCCAAGAUCUGGAACUCAGCUCGGCUGGUGUCCGAGCGCGGUGGUGAGGGGAGUGGAGACCUGACGUUGAGUCCUACAGCACUGCGACAUGCUGCUCAACUGUUGCUGAACAUGUUCUGCAACGAUCACAUGAACUUUAACGAUGGCUCGUGUUGUGCUGAGCCUGAACCGUACACCCAGCUACAAAUAUUGACGUUUGCACUGUUUUUAUUAUGCGCAGUGGUAGCUUGUGCACGAACACUGUGGUCGUGGUACGAAAAAGUCCAGCACCACUCCCAAGGAUACAGCGCAGUUGGAAUCCAGAAUCCCAAACCACCCUCAGUCCUGGUGGCUCUAGCCAAAUUAGGCAUCAUCAUGUCAUAUUUCUACCUCUGUGAUAGAACCAAUUUCUUCAUGAAGGAGAAUAAAUAUUACUCGGAAUGGAGUUUUUGGUUGCCGGUUGGUUACGUCUUCGUGUUGGGGCUGUUCUUCACUGACCAGAGCCGGUCGAACCGAGUCCUUCACCGCGAACAAACAGAUGAAUGGAAGGGCUGGAUGCAGCUGGUCAUCCUAGUCUACCAGGUGACUGGAGCCAGUAAAAUUCUGCCCAUAUACAUGCUGGUUCGAGCCUUGGUGUCUGCCUACCUGUUCCUCACCGGCUAUGGACAUUUCUACUUCAUCUGGAAGACGGGAGACACUGGGCUCGUCAGAUACUUCAGGGUUAUAUUUCGCCUGAACUUUCUGACGGUGGUGCUGUGUUUAACGAUGAAUAGGCCGUACCAGUUCUAUAGCUUCAUACCCCUGGUCUCGUUUUGGUAUACUUUGAUGUUUGCCAUUUUUGCCCUCCCACCUCACAUAACGCCCUCGUCCAGUCACACAGUGGAGUCCAAGCCCUAUCAGUACCUGUACAUAGCCGUAAAGGUGAUAGGCUUGCUGGUGAUCGUCACAGUCUUGUACAUGAGCGAGGUGUUCUUCCAGAAGAUCUUCGUCACCAGGCCUUGGAAGGCGCUGUUCGUUAACUCUGAUGAUGAUAUACAUCAGUGGUGGUUGCAAUGGAAGCAAGAUCGGUACUCAAUGGCAUACGGCAUCAUGUUCGCCCUGGCCUACCUCCUCGCCCAGCGCUACAACCUCCUAGACGACAACAACCACAGCAACCUGUUCACCCCAGGAGUGUCCCUGAGCGCCACUCUCCUCGCCUUCAUCGGACUCGGCAGCUACGUCACAUACACGUUCUUCUGCACCAACACAUUCGAUUGCAACGAAAUCCAUAGCUACGUAGCAUUUUUACCAAUAGUCAGUUACAUUAUCCUCAGAAAUGUGUCGGGAGCCCUUCGUAUGAGACACUCUUCGAUGUUCGCCUGGUUUGGUACGAUCACGUUAGAAUUAUUCGCCAGCCAAUCUCACAUCUGGUUGGCGGCAGACACGCACGGUGUCUUAGUAUUAAUACCUAGUGCUCCCAUUCUCAAUCUCAUUCUCACUUCGUACAUCUUCGUGUGUACUGCGCACGAGAUACAUAAAUUAACAGCGAUCAUACUUCCGUACGCGGUCCCUGAUGAUUGGAAAUCUGUGUUGAGAAAUUUUGCGAUAUUUCUGGCGAUUUUAGUCCCUAUUGGCAUACAUGAUGGUAUGUUUUAG